UAGCAGUUUUUCCCUCCAAAACACGUCGGAAAGCAGUCAAUGAUAGAAGGGCGACAGCUGUGACCCAUUGGAAACAGCAUCAUGUCGGCUGUAAAAGUUGCGAAGGCUGCCCUUAGGACGGAAAUCGAAAAGAAACUCGCGCUGCUUUCCCCUGAAGAAAGACGAAGACAAUCGAAAAUUGUUGUGGAGAAGCUUUUCAGCUUACCAAAAUUUAAAGAGGCCAAAAAUGUCUCCGUAUAUCUGAGCAUGGACAACGAAAUCGAUACUGAACCAAUUGUAAGGAAACUUUUUGAACAGGGAAAGGGGUGUUUUGUGCCCAGAGUCAAUUUUAGGUAUAGGAAGGCUGGGAUGGAAAUGGUCAAGUUACGGGAUAUGGAGGACUGGGAGAAUUUGCCUUUAACCAAAUGGAAUAUUAAGCAACCUUAUCUAAAAGACGAAAGGGAAAAUGCUCUAGAUGCUGGUUUGGACUUAUUGGUAGUACCUGGUGUGGCGUUUACCAAAGACGGGUUAAGGUUAGGCCAUGGUGCAGGCUACUACGAUAAAUACCAAAGGAAACUUAGAGAUGUUCUAGAAGUACCCCCUACAAGUAUAGCAGUAGGUUUCAAAGAACAAAUAGUGGAUGAAGUACCAAUAGAGGAUACCGAUGUUACAGUCGAUUUAGUCCUAUACGAUGAUUAGUCUCCUUUGAUAGAUUUGAUAGUUUUGUUAUAUAUUUAUAUUUUAAUACAGUUUUGACUUUUA